AUGGCGGACACAGACCUUUUUAUGGAAUGUGAGGAGGAGGAGCUGGAACCAUGGCAGAAAAUCAGUGAUGUGAUUGAAGAUUCUGUUGUUGAGGAUUAUAAUUCAGUUGAUAAAACUGCUACGGUUUCAGUGAGUCCGCAGCCCGUUUCUGCCCCUCUGCCAGCUGUUGCCCAUGCAUCCAUAGGUGCAAAUUUCUCUGCAGCCACGUCAGUCGGUAGCAGUGGGGCUCAGAAUAGUGACAGUGCUAAGAAGACGCUAGUGACAAUAUUUGUGAACAGCAACACUGGCAAUCCUCUUGUUCAGCAGAGUGGACAGCCACUAAUCCUUACCCAGAACCCCACCUCAGGUCUGGGCACGAUGGUAACUCAGCCAGUACUACGACCUGUACAGAUCAUGCAGAACGCCAAUCAUGUCACGAAUUCUCCGGUGACCAGCCAGCCCAUCUUCAUAACAACCCAGGGAUUUCCUGUGAGGAAUGUGCGGCCUGUACAAAACACAAUGAACCAGGUUGGAAUUGUUCUGAAUGUACAGCAAGGUCAGACAGUUAGACCCAUCACCCUCGUCCCAGCCCCAGGUACCCAGUUUGUUAAACCAACAGUUGGCGUUCCUCAGGUGUUCUCUCAAAUGGCCCAGGUGAGACCAGGUACAACCAUGCCGGUCCGACCCACCACCAACACUUUCACUACGGUCAUUCCGGCCACGCUUACCAUCAGGAGCACUGUACCACAGUCCCAGGCGCAACAGCAAAGUAAGUCCACUCCCAGCACCUCCACAACUCCUACUGCAACGCAGCCAACAACACUUGGACAGUUAACUGUGCAGCAGCCAGGGCAGUCCAGUCAAGCUACUAACCCCAAAUUAGUGAGUAUUGCAAGCUUUGUGACUGUAAAGAGACCUGGAGUGACUGGUGAGAACAGCAAUGAGGUUGCUAAGCUAGUGAAUACCCUGAACACCAUUCCUUCGUUAGGACAGAGCCCUGGCCCGCUGGUGGUUUCCAACAGCAGCCCUGUGCAUGGUUCCCAGAGAUCUAGUGUCUCAGAGUCGUCGUCAUCGUCCUCAUCUCCUAUUCCCACAUUCGAUUUGCAAGAUGGUGGCAGAAAGGUCUGCCCAAGAUGUGAUGCUCAGUUUCGAGUCACUGAAGCUUUAAGAGGACAUAUGUGUUACUGCUGCCCUGAAAUGGUUGAAUUCCUCAAGAAAAGAAAAUCUCUAGAAUCUGAACCAAAUAUUCAAUCUGCAAAGCCUCCAUCUCCAGAAAAAACUACAGCUGUUGCUUCACCACCCUCUUCUACUCCUAUCCCUGCACUGUCCCCACCUGCUAAAGCUCCAGAGCCAAGUGAAAACGUAGUUGACUCAUCCCAAAGUAAGCUCAUUAUGUUAGUCGAUGAUUUCUACUAUGGCAGAGAUGGUGGCAAGGUGAGCCAGCUGCUGAACUUCCCCAAGGUUCCAACUUCCUUCAGGUGUCCACACUGCACCAAGAGGCUAAAGAACAAUAUACGGUUUAUGAAUCACAUGAAGCACCACGUUGAACUGGAUCAGCAGAAUGGAGAGGUAGACGUCCACACCAUCUGUCAGCAUUGUUACAGACAGUUCUCCACUCCGUUUCAGCUACAGUGCCACUUAGAGAAUGUCCACAGUCCCUAUGAGUCAACAACAAAGUGCAAGAUUUGCGAAUGGGCAUUCGAGAGUGAGCCAAUGUUCCUACAGCACAUGAAGGACACUCACAAGCCUGGGGAGAUGCCCUAUGUUUGUCAGGUCUGUCAGUAUCGUUCAUCACUCUACUCUGAAGUGGAUAGCCAUUUCCGAAUGAUCCACGAAGACACGCGGCACCUGCUCUGUCCUUACUGUCUCAAAGUCUUUAAGAAUGGCAAUGCUUUCCAACAGCACUUCAUGAGGCAUCAGAAGAAGAGUGUUUAUCACUGCAACAAGUGUAGACUCCAGUUCCUAUUUGCCAAGGAUAAAAUUGAACACAAGCUGCAGCACCACAAAACUUUCCGGAAGCCCAAACAAUUAGAAGGAUUGAAACCUGGAACCAAGGUUACAAUCAGGGCAUCUAGAGGACAGCCACGGACAGUGCCAAUAUCUUCCAAUGACAUGCCGCAGGGCACUGGACAGGAAACCACUCCGCUGUCAUCUUCUACCGAUCCCCAGCCCAUCUUCCUGUACCCGCCUGUCCAGAGGAACGUCCAGAAGAGAGCGGUCAAAAAAAUGAGUGUCUUGGGGAGGCAGACUUGUCUGGAGUGCAGCUUCGAAAUCCCCGACUUCCCAAACCACUUUCCCACCUAUGUGCACUGUUCGCUGUGUCGCUACAGCACUUGCUGCUCCAGAGCUUACGCCAACCACAUGAUCAACAACCAUGUUCCUCGGAAGAGUCCAAAAUACUUGGCUUUGUUUAAAAACUAUACUGCCUGUGGCGUAAAGCUGUCCUGUUCCUCUUGCCUCUUUGUAACAUCUGAGGGUGAUGCAAUGGCCAAACAUCUGGUCUUCAAUCCAUCACACGAGUUUAGUAACAUUAUUUUCCGAGGGCCUACUUGGAUAUCACAUUCCAGGCACAUUCAGCCCCAGGACAAAGGCAUGAAGAAUACAUGCCCUACCUAUUCCCCAAGUAAAGCUGCUACUGUGAAAACAAAGUCCGUGUUACCUGCGAAAAAGGACCUGGAGCCGGAACUGGCACCUGCAGCCUACAGCAGACCUCUGGUCUGCCAGGAGGAAGAGUGCUUCAAUAUUGAUGCUCAAGAAGACGAGCAGCCAACAAAGGAGCCGGAGCCUGCAAGCAAAAAGGAGCAGCUGUCGGUAAAAAAGCUGCGAGUUGUACUGUUUGCUUUGUGCUGCAACACUGAACAGGCUGCGGAGCACUUCCGAAAUCCUCAGAGGCGGAUCAAGCGCUGGCUGCGAAGGUUUCAGGCUUUCCAAGAAGAGAACUUGGCGUCCCUGUCAGAGGGCAAGUACCUCAGCUUGGAGGCUGAAGAGAAACUAGCAGAAUGGGUCCUCACGCAGAGGGAGCAGCAGCUGCCCGUGAACGAGGAGACUCUCUUCCAGAAAGCCACCAAGAUUGGCCGAUCCCUCGAAGGUGGCUUCAAGAUCUCCUAUGAGUGGGCGGUGAGGUUCAUGCUGCGGCACAACCUCAGCACGCAUACUCGAAGAGCAGUGGCUCACCCUCUCCCCAAAGACGUGGAGGACAACGCCAGCUGCUUCAUCGAGUUUGUGCAGCGGCAAAUCCACACUCAAGACCUGCCUCUCUCCAUGAUCGCGGCCAUCGACGAAAUCUCUCUCUUCCUCGACGUGGAGGUGCUGAGCAGCGAUGACCGGAAGGAGAACGCGUUGCAGACGGUGGGAACCGGGGAGCCCUGGUGCGACGUUGUCCUCACGAUCCUCGCCGACGGCAGCGUUCUCCCGACACUUGUCUUCUACAGGGGUCACGUACAGCAGCCUGCCAACGUGCCGGAAUCUAUCAUGCUGGAAGCAAAGGAGAACGGCUACAGCGAUGACGAAGUCAUGGAGUUGUGGUCGUCCAGAGUGUGGCAGAAGCACACGGAGUGCCAGAACAGCAAGGGCAUGCUCGUGCUGGAUUGCCACCGAACACACCUAUCGGAAGAAGUACUUUCCUUGCUGAGCGCGUCCAGCACUCUGCCGGCUGUUGUCCCUGCCGGCUGCAGCUCCAAAAUCCAACCUCUAGAUGUUUGUAUAAAAAGGACUGUGAAAAAUUUCUUGCAUAAAAAGUGGAAAGAGCAAGCCAAGGAAAUGGCGGACUCCACAUGCGACUCGGACAUUCUUCUCCAGCUGGUUUUGUGCUGGCUGGCGGAGGUCCUGGAGGUCAUUAGUGACUCUCCUGAACUCGUGCAGCAGUCCUUCCUGGUGGCCAGCGUGCUGCCCGGUCCGGACGGCACGGCCAACUCGCCCACGCGCAACGCCGACAUGCAGGAGGAGCUGAUCGCCGCUCUGGAGGAGCAGCUGAAGCUGAACGAGGAGCAGCCGGAGGCGGCGGCCGAGGUCCAGGAUCGGACCCAGGCUGAGGAGUCCGCAGACCCAGAAAUCCUCCAUCAGCUCUUCGAAGGGGAGAGUGAGACUGAAUCGUUUUAUGGCUUUGAAGACGCUGACUUGGAUCUGAUGGAAAUCUGAGCACUGAUCUGCGAAUCGUGAUCCAGAAAGGGUUAUUUUUUAAAUAAAUGUUGGGUGAGACCAUUACACUUCCCUGUGGAUUUGUGGGUUUAGGAAAUUUGUAGGCGAUCACUCAGAUAAAUAGCCAUUUAUGCUGUUCAUUUAUAAGUUUUGUGCUUUUUUAAAAGAAAAAAAUCACUGUGUUGGUAUUUUCUGAAAAUAUAUUGUGGGUGAAUAUUUUUGCGUUUUCUUUACCUCACUGUAUCAUAGUUUUCUGUUUUUAUUGUGCAGAAAUGUUUUGAAUUAUACAUUGUCAAUGUGACCAUUUCUAAAGAGAGGAAAAAAAUAUGUAGCUAAUGAACCAGUAUAUAAAUCUUUUUGGUUGUCUUAAUACAGAUUUUUUUUUUUCUUUCUUUUUUCUUUUUUUAACACUUGACCCAGAGAUUUAGGUUUCUGUGGAAAAUUUAGCUAUGAGUUAUUGCUUUAAUGUGUGAACUUCUAUAAUUGGCCAUUAAGAUUUGGGUUUGGUUUGGUUUUUUUGUUCUCUUGUUUUUUUAAAGAGGAGAAA